ACUCGACGAAGUCAGUCUGCGGCGGGCGGCUGUCCUUCCAACAGUCUGUGUUUGUGCUAAAAAUACUGUCAAUGUGUGAAUUGAAUAUUAUUGUUUGAAUCUCAUCUAAACUACUAAGUUAUGCCUUCAAAAUGAGCUUUUGGGCGAGUCUCAAAGAUCGUGUAACCUCCAAGAAGCAGCCUGACGACGCGUGGAAGAGGAGUCAGUACUCCUUAGUGUCGAGUGAUGACCUGAACGCCAACACCCUCAAGGUUUGGCUGGAGUUGCCUGAAGAGGUGAAGAAUGACCCGUCGUUGGCGCCUUUUAAACAACAAUAUGAAAAAGAGCACGGAAAACCGGCAAACAAAAAGAACACGUCCAGAAAACGCUUGCCUUCCGUCAACUCGGCGCCGUCACUGAACGAAAACGCGAUCCAAACGGACGUUAUCGCCAGGGAAAUAACAAAUGACGAACAAAAACAUAACAAUGCCAAAGAAAACGCGCCAAAUGACAAUGUCACAAAAGGAUCGAACAAAACUUCUAAAAAGUGGGCCGAAGCGAGGUAUUACGUAAAAAUGAGUGUAUUAGUAGCUUGUUGGCUGUUUUUUACUUCAGUAUUCAUGAUGUACAAUGAGAAGCAUAAUAUUGUUAGGAAUACUUCGAUUAAGCAAGGAGAGAACAAAGACUAUAUUUUAGAUAAUAUACCAAAGUUGGAAGAUGAAAUGAUAAAAAUAAAAGUACAACUGAACGGGCCCUUUUUGACAGUACAGGAACAAUCCAAAUUGAACUCCAGUGAGAUGAAAAUAAGAAAUAAAUUGCACGUUUGGUUUGUGAGACUUAAAUCUGAUACUUUGAAUAGUACUACUAUUGCAAACACUACCGAAGAUAUAACAGAAGCUUGGACAAUAGCCCUUCUAGACGAAGAACAAAUAGAUUUCAAUGAAGGGGAAUUACGAUCACACACAUUCGAAUUAAGAAACGUAGUUUCCAAUUAUGCUUUGAGAAUGAGCACGAAUUCGCAAAAACUCACACCCUUUACUAUGAGUUACACGAUAUCUCCGAUAGAUGCCAAUACUGGGGUGAUUUAUGCUAUUAUAUUGCUUAUUGGGUUGUAUAUUUUAAUUAUUUUUGAGGUUAUUAACAAAACAAUGGCUGCUAUAACGGCAGCGACGCUCUCUUUGGCCAUCCUUACUAUGCUCGGGGAGAGGCCAACUCUCUCAGAACUGGUGUCGUGGCUGGACCAUGAGACCUUACUGCUCCUCUUCAGCAUGAUGGUGCUAGUCGCCAUCAUGGCUGAGACCGGCAUUUUCGAUUUUCUUGCUGUGUUUACUUUUGAGGUUACAAAAGGCAGGCUGUGGCCGCUUAUCUAUCUCCUGUGCUUCAUCACAGCCAUCGUAUCAACCGUCCUUGACAAUGUCACUACUGUUUUACUCAUGUCUCCAGUCACAAUACGGUUAUGCGAAGUUAUGGGUUUAGACCCCGUGCCGAUAUUGAUGUUCAUGGCCAUAUACAGUAACGUGGGGGGUACCGCGACGCCCGUGGGAGACCCUCCGUGCGUCAUCGUCGUCUCCAAUAAAGAUGUAAUUCGUUCUGGCAUCAACUUUACUAAUUUCACAGCGCACAUGGCGUUGGGAGUUGGUCUAGUUUUGAUACAAACAUCGCUUCAGAUUAGGUACAUGUUUAGGGAUACAAAUAAAUUGAGGCUAACUGACCCCAGGGAUAUACAAGAAAUUCGUCGUCAAAUUUCAAUAUGGCGACGGGCAGCCGACUCCCUGCCACAUUUGAGCAAAGAGGUGAACAUAGUAAGGGAGAGAUUAGAGAAGAAUAUUACAAAGUUGAACUCAAAACUGGAGGUUUUGGUCAAGGAGAGAAACAAGAGAGCAUGUCCCAAGGAUACCUUUCAAGAGAUGCUGGUGGAAUUGAAGCAAAAGUACAAGUUGCGAGAUAAAGUACUGCUCAUCAAGGCAUCAAUCGCAAUUUUAUUUGUGGUAACCGUAUUCUUUCUGCAUUCAGCGCCUAUGCAUAAUCGAAUGUCGCUGAGUUGGACGGCGUUACUGGGCGCCAUUUUGUUAUUAAUUCUCGCUGACAGAGAAGACUUGGAGCCCAUACUGCAUAGAGUGGAAUGGUCAACCUUGUUGUUUUUUGCUGCUUUCUUUGUUUUCAUGGAGGCGUUAUCAAAACUGGGGCUUAUCACAAUAAUAGGUCGGCUGAUUGAGCAGCUGAUUUUAAAGGUGGACGAGGGUGCGAGGUUGGCCGUGGCCAUCGUUUUGACUUUAUGGGUUUCCGGCAUUAUCUCCAUCUGCAUCGACAACAUACCCCUGACCACCAUGAUGGUCAGAGUGGUGGUGACCAUCGUCUCCAACACGACCCUCAAUCUGCCUAUGGGGCCCAUGAUCUGGGCACUUUUGUUUGGCGCCUGCUUGGGAGGCAACGGCACCUUAAUAGCGGCCAGUGCGAACGUCGUGUGCGCCGGCGUAGCUGAGCAGCACGGGUACAAGUUCACAUUCAUGAGGUUCUUCAAGGUCGGCUUCCCAAUAGCCAUGGGACAUUUGGUCAUAUCCACAGUAUAUCUCCUUGUUUGUCACUGUGUAUUUACGUGGCACUAGCUUUUAAGGAAGUAAGUAGUCUACUGCUGAACAGAUAUGUACGGUUACUGUUCUUGACCUAUAUCGAGCAGGCAUUCAGUCGUUUUGAUACACAUCCUGUUGUUACUUUUGAAAUAAAAACAUAAUUAAAUAUAUAAGACUGUAGGUAGUAUAAUGAUUAGCGUCAUCAAAUUAUCUACAUAUAUUUCAGUAGCUACACAACACUAAAAUCUAUGUUUUCUUAAAAUUUCGUUUUUAAAGGUAUUAAGUUUCAGAGUAAAAUUUCGGCUCAAUUUAAGUAAAUAUAAGGCUGGACAUACAUAGACUUCACUAGUGUCACUAAAUGACUGUACCUAUAAUAAAACAAUAGAAAGUUGAUUUUAAUUUACGUAAGUAAGUAUAAAUUGUCUUAUUACCCGAAACCUGCAAAUUCAGGCCGCUGGAUGUGUUACACGUGAUAUAUGAUGACGAUCCACAAAAGUUUAGGUUUCCCUGCAAAGGUUGCGGAGGUCAGACGGAAGUCGCUUCGUGCAAAUCCAGGAUCAUAGCCAGACACAGACCAGGCGCACCCUGGCUCUAGAGAAGUAGAGGUAGGAGCCGCUGUUACAUUAAAAACAGUCAGAGAAUGAAUGCAGUUUGUUACCGCUUCUUCUGCACUGACGCCUUGGAAGCGGCAGUAAACUUAGUUUUAAGUAAUUUAUUUGACGUCAAUCAAUGUUGUUAAAUCAUACGUUUUGACAAUUAUUAAGCGAUAUGAAAUAUCCUAUAAUAAUGAAUAAAAAUUUUGAAUUUGAAUUUGAGUCGUUUUUAGAAACGCACGCAGUAAAGUGAUAUCAAAGGUAAAAAAAAUAUAAAUAAUUUUGCCCAUAAAAUAAAAUAUAGCAAGUACAUUUAUAAAAGCGCCUUUAAUUAGUCCAAUUAUACUUAUUUUAGUCUCGUUAAUGUUAGGCUGACUUAUUAAGUAAAAGUCAAUAAAAUUGACACAACAUAAUAUAAUGUACCUAUGACUUUAUAAAGUAUUAAAUAAAUUAAAUAGGAUCAAUCUAUCCACGUGGCCCAUCAGUCUUUUCACGACUUUUGGCUCUGUCUACCCCACAAGAGAUAUAGACAUGAUUAUAAGAUCUAUCUUUAUGUGUGUACUUAUUUUGAUAUAUUUUUACCAUAUAUUACUAUCCGAUUACUAUUAUUUUUUACAGUUUUAUUACGUGCAUAUACAUAUACACAACACACUUGAGCUAUGUACAAUUAUUUUUAGGUAAUAUUGUUGUCUAUACAAAGAGUAUGUGACUAAUAUUCUUAUUGUUAAAUAUAAUGAAAUAAAAAUAAAUAUUAUUUUGUAAA